CGAUGCUGGAAGCAUGGACGGUUUGCCGGCGGUUACGUGCUGGCAGUCUUAGUUUCUUCCGCAACUUGUGUACCUUAAACAAUCGGCACGAUAACAUUGGAAGUCUACAAUUAAAGGCAGGAAUCUGCCACUAGGCAACGUAUUUUUGCAUGUUUUGUAACAUUUUACCGCUCCCAAUCGCAACAGUAGAAAGGGACACCAGCUAGAGGCUUCAGCAAGCAUUUAUUUACAGACACUCUGUAGCAAGCAUAUACAUUAUAUAACCUGAUCUUUUGAAAACGCAGCAGACUACAAGGGGGUAUCAGUGUGUACACACAUAUGCAUGAAAAAAGCGGACUAAACCAACAUUCAAGCAUAUAUAUAUGGUAUUCGACCUUUUAGCGACACGAAUGCAAUUUCCUUCAUGCAAUCAGGAAGCAUCGUGAGUUUCCUGUCACAUCUCAGUAAAUGUCAAGCUUUAGCUGGCGAAGGAUAAUAUGAAACCGCGGCACCUUUCGCGGCCCGUAACUGCUCAGAGCCAACCCCAGGUCGGGAGCUCAGCGUCGUACAGUUUCGUUUCUCCUCUUCGUAGCGCUAUAGUUUCUAUGAGCUGUUUGCCCCUUUUCUGACGCGCCGCUUUGACUAGACGCAAGUUCCACAAUGCCUCCUCAACAAGACUAGAAGUACUCCGCAAGAGCUUGGUGAUGCUGCAAUUGAUAGCUAGCUGCGUCCAGUCAAAGACUGUGACACAAGGGCCCAGUGCAUCUAUUGCAAGUGUGAGAUUUAUGCGCCGUUGUCAGAUACAAGGCAGCUAGGUCGCAAAAAAGACGAGAAAAGGCAUUGGAACUUUUUGCACGCAAUAAAGAAACCACGUUCGGUGUUUCCGAUGACAAAACGAAAAAAAGGUCUGCAAAAGAUUCCGAAUUUCAUUUACUUUCUCUCCUUCUUAUCCACUCAGACUUAUUUUGUUAUGUGUGCUAUGUCCUCUCUUGGCCAUCGAGCGUGCUCAUUCGCUGAAACAUUACGGACAACGAACAAAAAGCACAGUAGCGGCAGCGACUUCUUUUGGUGACUUUCGGCUUCAAUUUUAGCGACUUUUUGGGACGCUACUAGCGACUUCUUGCGAAUGAAUGAGAUUUGGCAGCACUGAAUCUGACAAUCCGCGCACGCGCACUGCCGCAACCAGAGUAUCCGGUCCAUGAUCCGGUCAGUGAAAUCAAGUGAAACCACGUGCGUUUGUUUUUGUGUAGACUACGUGCGUUUGUCUUUGUGCUUAAUGUUUCGGGCUUCGAUUACUGACUACAGGCCUUUGUUUGUGAUUAGUGUGUGCGCGUUUGAAUCACAUCCAAAUGUUGGGAUCGUGGGAAGUCCAACUAUGUUAGAACCAUCAAGCUUAACGACGACAACGACAUGCCGCUUUUGCGACCAGUUAUUUGCGACACCGUCAACAGUACGAAGGCAUAUAGCAAACGUGCAUAAUAUCAGCGCAGAUGUCCAUCUCCCUUUCAAAUGCAACGACUGCACUGAGUUCACAGGCUUUGAGACGUUGAGGAAUCAUGCUGUGGCGAAACACCAGCUUCAAGAAUGUUUCAUUUGAAUGUGAACAACGUAAUAGUUGGGGUGCCUACUGUGUGUGCAGCCUUCUGUAGUGGGUGAAGUAUUUGGGAGAAGCAGGAAUGCUUCAAAGUAUCUUUGGUAGCUGUCCAGAAAAUACAUAUAUGAAAGAAGGAUGAAAUAAUAUUAAGGAAACUCACUCAUUUCAUGCUUACUGUUGCAUAGGCGCCGACUGCGGGGGGGCGCGGGGGCCCUUGCCCCCCCGGAACAUGAACUAGGGGGGGCGCCGCCUCCCCUGGGAUGUCCCGCUAAGAGACUGACACCAACGUUUGGGGCUCGGCGCGCCCGGGUCAAAAGAGCGAAGAGACACCAACCCCAAAAAUGCAUCUUGCAAUUUGUAAAAUAUGUAUCCGCCCACCAUACUCAUUAUCACAGUAGAAAGUGAGGCGGAGAAACACAGAGGAUGACACAACACAUAGCCUGAAUUUCGCCCAAAGCAAUCAGAUCAAUGAAACGAAGCAGUCGGAAAGGUGCCAGCAGUUGCCAGUGAGGUGUAACGGUAGAAUCUUCGGAACGCAUAUCCGUUGGGAGCGGGUUCAACUCCCGCUGCUCCAUUUCAUUGACCAUAUUCAUAAUAUUGCGCGCAUUUCGGGUCAAACACCGAGGAUUGAAUGCAUUUUUUUCCUUUUGCAGUCAGUUUUCAAAGGCGUAAUGCCUUCAGUUGGGCACAUGUUCACUGUUUACGUUCUCUCUGUUUUUUUUUUCUUUUUCCUGUUCUUCCUUCCUCUUAUUUUUAUACUAGUUCUGCAUACAUCAUAAGAUCCCGCCAGAGUGUGUGAUUCUUCAGCUUUAGUUUUGUGUUCUUCAUUUUUAUUCUCCUUUUCUUUCCUUCUUUUUGUUUUCUUUUGCUUUCUUUUCUCUUUGCGUUUUUUGUCUUCCCCAUUUCACUCUUUUGUUGGAAUAACACACCGACAUCCCUCUGGCUUACCUUUCUUUUUUUCUUAAUAAACAUAUCCCCCCCCCCGCCAGAGUACUUAUUUCGCGGUGCGCCCUUGCCCCCCCUGGGAAAAUGAAAACUCUCCGCCUCUGUACUGUUGUAUAUCGACUACCGGCGUAAAAAAUUUCGGCUUAUUUUAAUUUUUAAAUGAUUAUUUGACAGAUAUGUUACAGCAUCAUGUACUUUCAGGUGGAGUGAUUGAGUAAUAUUGACAUGUCAUUGGAUCAUAAUAUGAGAACUCAAUGUAUGUUGUUACUGGAUGGAUACGGUUUCUAUAAUACCAUAUAGAUGCACCUAUUCGAGUUACAGCUCGUUCAUCAACUUUACUUCACUUGAUUCAAACACACACACACACUAUACACAAACAAAGUCCCGUAAACAAAGCGCGCAACACUAAUCACAAGCAAAGACAAACGCACGUAGUCUGCACACAAACAAGUGGCUGCUCUUGUUGCAGCAGUGCACGUACAUGAUUUACCAUGUUUGCACAUUGGGGCUUGGAGCAUUACGUCACGCGGCGUACCCAAUCAGGAAAAGGUGCAUUCCUCCUGGCAAACACUUGUAAAUGGCAGUAGUGAUGGGCGACAGUCAUCCAAACACUAUCGAUGGUUGAGAUGACUACUUAUUUGACUGUCGUUAGUUUUGUUCAACAUUGACUAUUGAUAGUUCAGCUAUCAAUAGUAAGCUGGACACAAAAACGGGCUUGCUGCACAAACAUAGUAGUCACUGCUCCUAGUUGUAUUAUCAAUCGAAUCAAAUAUAUUUAUUUAUAGUCGCAUGGUUGAUAUUUUUGAAAUAGUAUCGCAUUGUUAGCAUUAAAAUAAUUGAAAGAUUAACAUAAUCGAAACGCGAACUCAGCCGGGUUCAUUUUUAAAAGAAACACGAGUAAAUUUUUAAAUUCACGGUCAGCAAAUUAUUGAGAGUAUGCAGGAGUAAAAUGUGAUGAAAGAUGGAAGUCUCUGAAAAGGUUAGCCAGCUGUAGGGACUCGAACCCACAUCUUCUGGAUUACCGGUCCAGGGCUCUAACAAAAAUGUAAAAUGCUAAUUCAGAAGGUUCCGUUUUCAAAAGAAACCUGCCAAAAUUUUAAAUAUGGAGUGAACAUACUAUUGAUGGUUUACAGGAGAAACUUAUUUUUCACAGAAAGUUUCGUUUAUGAAAGAAACAAGCUAAAUUUUUAUAUUUGGAUUGAAUAAAAGUUUAGAGGCAAGAGCGAAACGCUAAUUCAGAAGGUGUGCUGCAUUGGCUUGGCUGAAGGAUGAAGCUUGGUGAACGACGGGACUAUCGAUAGCCAGAAAAGCAUCGCGAUACUAUAGAAAUUCUGGUGCAUUCGAUAGUUUGACGAUCGACAGUAUCGAAUGGUUUGAUAGUAUUGCCCAUCGUGGCAGUUUGCGAUGCCUUUCGUGUUGGCGUUACUUUAACAUGCCCUUUGUUUUCCAUUGUUGUCUACUGAGCAGCACAUGUUGUUCCAGUGCAAGUUUUGAUAAAUGAAUAGUCACAUUCACAACGCACAUCGCGCAGUGUUGACCAAGACAAUCAACAAAUCUGUCAUCUGUUGUGACUUCACCAAGGAUUCAGGAGGAUAUGACGUUGCUGCCCAGAGAGUCCUGCCUGAAGAGGUAUAUUAGGGUGCCCAGGCUUUACGUAUACCAGCUAUGAGGGUUGUGACGCAAAUGAAAUGGCGUCAGUAAGGCUGCAGAGCCGUGAGAAAAAAUCACGUCGUGAAGACGACGCCACCUUGCCCUCUCUCCAUCUGUGGACUGGUUGAUCGUAGGAAGCUCCAGGCACCUGCUUUCAUCUUCACGUAGCUUUCGAGAACCUCGCUGGUAAACAGCGGUCCAUUAUCGGUAAAAAGGACAUCUGGGCAAAUACAAAUGCGUCCGUUAUCUUGCUGGCGGUGGUCUUAGACCCUUUUGGAGAAGCAUCAACUGCUGGGAAGAUGGACUUAUCUGGGUCAUUGUGAGUCAGGACCUAAGGGGAUGUCAACAUUCUCUUCGCUGUCUCGAAAGCUUCAACGCAUGCGGAUGACGCCAUACCUUUCUUUAGGCGAGCCUGGGAUACCAGGUGCCCACGGGAUCCCCGGAAGUCCUGGACCACCAGGUCCUCCAGGAGACGUCUCCCAGUGGUUUCAUCAGUUCUCAGCCCAGCAAAGUGGAGACAAGGGACCACCUCCCGAUGCAUUCCAGUUCAUGCAAGCAUCUGUGGGCCCUGUAGGUCCGCGUGGCUCUCCUGGUCCUAGUGGUCCACCAGGCCCUCAAGGAUUUCAAGGCAUCAGGGGUGAACCUGGUGAACCUGGACCACCUGGAUCUCCAGGACCUGUUGGGGAAAGAGGUCUUCCUGGAGUACCGGGAAAAGAUGGUGAUCCUGGAGAAGAUGGAAGACCUGGGGUGCAAGGCCCUCCUGGUCCACAAGGUGUCAGAGGCCUUCCUGGCAUGCCAGGCCUUCCAGGUGCUAAAGGCCACAGGGGUUACCCAGGCCUGGAUGGUGCCAAAGGGGAACAAGGGUUAGUGGGAGAGAAGGGCUCUCCUGGUUUACCUGGGAAAAUUGGCCCACCGGGCCCUGUGGGUCCAAUGGGCACCAGAGGUGAAAGGGGCAGGGAGGGUCCUCCAGGUCCUCCGGGCAUCAGAGGCAUUGAUGGACUCCCUGGACCUCCUGGUCCUUCUGGACCGAUUGGCAGACCAGGACCUCCUGGAUUUCCAGGAUCGCCUGGGCAAAAGGGUGAUGCAGGAGGAACAGGACCCAAAGGAAGUCAGGGGCUUCAGGGCCCUAGAGGGGAAGCUGGAAAACCGGGUGUUCCUGGUGAAAAUGGCCUUAUGGGACCACCCGGAAAAGAUGGAAUGCCAGGAGAGAAAGGAGCCACUGGGGAUGCUGGAGCCCCAGGUUCCCCAGGUUUUCCAGGUGCGAGGGGUCCCCCAGGACUUUCAGGAAGUCCAGGCCAGAGAGGAAUGAAAGGAGCUGCAGGUGUACCUGGCAGCCCAGGCUACAAAGGAGAGCAUGGCAUGAAAGGAGAGACAGGGCCACCUGGUCCAAGAGGGAUUCCUGGCCCUGCUGGAUCACCUGGAAAACGGGGAAAAACUGGUACAGCAGGCCCUCCAGGACCACAAGGCGCACCGGGUGAAAGGGGUUCUCCAGGGCUGAGAGGUUUACCAGGACCUGAUGGUUUGGCAGGUCCCAAAGGUACCCAAGGCGAUCGAGGCUUACAGGGACCACAGGGACCAAAAGGAUCUGGAGGUGAAGCAGGCAAACCAGGUCUGCCAGGUCUACAGGGCAUAAGGGGAAUUCCUGGUCUACCUGGUAUUCCUGGUAAAGAUGGGCUUCCUGGGGAGCGGGGAUUACCUGGAGCUGAUGGUAAGCCAGGAGAACAGGGGCUGCAGGGGAUUCAAGGUCUGCCAGGGUUGGCUGGCCUGCCAGGAGUCAAGGGAGAUCAAGGAGAUGCUGGACAAGAUGGCCGACUGGGUCCCCCUGGUCCCCCUGGACCAAGAGGUGACACAGGAAAAGAAGGAUCUGCAGGAUCUCCGGGUCCCCCUGGACCUCCAGGAGAUCAUGGCGAGAGAGGGCCUCCUGGACCAGCUGGAUCGCGAGGCUUCCAGGGACUGCCAGGCAUUCCAGGUAAUCCGGGACCUCAUGGAAAGGACGGUCAACAGGGCCCUCCAGGUCCUGCUGGCCCAGUGGGUCCUGCAGGAGAAAGGGGAGAACGAGGAUAUCCAGGCGAAAGAGGCCACAGUGGGUUACCAGGGCCACCAGGGGCCAGGGGAGACUCUGGGCCUCCAGGUUCAGAUGGUGCUCGGGGUGCUCCAGGAGAAAAAGGAUCAAAGGGUCAUGCAGGACCACCUGGAUUGAUUGGUCUUCCAGGUCGAAGGGGAGAUGCUGGAGCACCAGGCCCCAAAGGCAGCAGAGGUGACCACGGACCUCCAGGACCUGAGGGUCCCAUGGGUCGUCCUGGUGAGCAAGGACCUCAGGGAAAUGUGGGUCCUCAGGGUCCCCCUGGUGAACAUGGCGAGAAGGGUGAACACGGAGCUCCUGGACCUGUGGGACCUCCCGGAGCCCCUGGUGCCCAGGGCGACCGAGGUUUAAUGGGAUCUCAAGGACCUCCAGGUUUCCCAGGCCCUGUGGGGGCUCCAGGGUCCGCUGGACCAAAAGGAUCUCAAGGUGCUCCUGGAUUAAAGGGCGAGCAAGGAAAUGUUGGACCCCAGGGUGCCCCUGGAGAAACUGGUCCUCAGGGUAUACAAGGUCUUCCAGGCCCAAAAGGUCCACGUGGAGAAACGGGGAUGAAGGGAGACACUGGGUUUGUUGGAGCUCCAGGAAGGCCAGGAGAGCCUGGCAGGCCAGGUGAGCCUGGAAAUCCAGGGCAACAAGGCCCUCCAGGACCUGUGGGCAUCAAGGGCUCUCCAGGAGACACUGGUAAAGUAGGAGCACCAGGACCGAUAGGAAACCAGGGACUUCCUGGCCUUCCCGGUCCCAAGGGAGAGUCUGGUUCGGAGGGCCCCAGUGGAUUACCGGGACCUUCUGGUCCUCCUGGCCCCCCUGGAGAACGAGGCAUUCCUGGAUUACCUGGUCUUCAGGGGCCUCCUGGACCUGCUGGACAAAGAGGACCUCAGGGAGAGAGAGGCCAGGAAGGCAAGCGAGGAAACGAUGGCCAGCCUGGUUCUCAGGGCCCUGUUGGAGCACCGGGUGCGCCCGGUGUCCCAGGUGACCAGGGACCCCCGGGUCAUCCGGGUAAACACGGACCUCCGGGAAUUAUGGGACGACCUGGUGACAAAGGCCCUGUUGGAGUUCCUGGACAGCCAGGCCCACCGGGAAUACAAGGCCUACAGGGUUUACCUGGGUCACCUGGUCCAUCAGGUCCUACUGGGGAACGAGGUGAAAGAGGCGAAACAGGUCCUAGAGGUGUACAGGGUUCCCAGGGCCUGAGAGGCCCUCCUGGAGCACCAGGAGCUCAAGGAACAAAGGGUGACAGGGGCAUCCAGGGCGAACAAGGUCCAAAAGGACACCGUGGUCUUGCCGGGCUACAGGGAUUACCUGGUCCGAUGGGUCCUCCUGGAAGCAAGGGACCUCCUGGUGAUCUCGGGCCAACAGGCAGCCCAGGUGCACCUGGCCCCAAAGGUCCUGCAGGUCGUGACGGAUCUUCUGGACCUCAGGGUAUAAUGGGCCCCCCUGGGCAACGAGGGCCCCCAGGAGAGUCAGGAAAACAGGGAGUACCUGGUAACCCAGGUCCCCCAGGACCUCCCGGCAGACCGGGUGAACCUUUUGGCUAUGACGCAGCUGCAUUACAUGCCAUAAUGGGUCAGGGUCAGGUGAAGGGCCCCGACCCCCUGGUAGGGGAUGAACCUGCAAAGUUGUUUGACAGUAAUGUCCCUGUGGAAGAGAAGAAACGAAUUGUCUUUGAGUAUUACAAGAAAUUGGUUGAAGAGUAUGAGAAGAUGAGAAAUCCUACAGGAGAACGUGAUGCACCUGCAAAGACAUGCAGAGAUCUCGCCAUCUCCCAUCCACAGCUACCUGAUGGCACAUACUGGAUAGAUCCUAACGAGGGUGACCCUAAGGACGCAGUACAAGUGUACUGUGACAUGACCAAGAGAGCGACUUGCAUUCACCCAUCACCUAACAAGGUACCUGGUAAAGCACACUACAUCGGUCGAGGAAAGCACACCUGGUUCAGUGAGAUGAAUGGCGGCUUCCAGUUCACCUACAAAAUAGAUCGUGUCCAGCUGACCUUUCUGCAAAUGCUGAGCACAGAAGCUGUUCAAAAUAUCACCUACCUUUGUCGCAACUCUGUGGCCUUCUUCGAUGCUGCCAAGAAGCUUCACAAGAGGGCUCUCAAAAUGAUGUCCUAUAAUGACCUGGAGUUGACUGCCUCCCAGGAUGAGACCAACCCGGCCUUCACCUAUAGUGCGAUCCAUGAUGAUUGUCAAACUCGACAGAACAUCUGGAGAUCGAGUGUCCUGCAGUACAAAUCCCAGAAGCCACAGAGGUUGCCCAUCGUGGAUGUUGCACCAAGAGACAUUGGCUCCAAAAACCAAGAAUUUGGAUUAGAAAUUGGAAGAGCAUGCUUCUCUUGACUUUGAACAAUUAAUACACAGUACCAUGUU